CUGAAAGUGAAAGUGAAAGUCAGUCUCCAUUUAGUGUGGAGGGAAAAUAAACUAUUUCAGGAGUAAAAACACAGGUUUGAUUUAACACGCCGAUGUUGCAGUGAAGUAAACGUGUGUCCUGCUGUAAUCUGGAGAAGGAGACAUGACCUCCAACAUGAGUGUGUCUGGAGAACAGGACUUAAAGAGAGACGAGAGAAUGAAGGAGGGAAAGAGAUCAGACUCACCAGAACCCAGCUGUGUGUCCAUGAAGAGUGACGCGUCAAUGGAUUUUCCAAAUCACUUCAGAGACGGAGCCAGUUCUCCUGAUGUGAGACCACAACAGAAGAAAUCAAACCUCAGCAGAAAUCAGUUGGACUCCAUAUUCAAGGAGCUGGAACACAAAGUCAUCACUCUGAUAAAGAUUGAGCUGAAGACAUUUAGGAAGCUCCUGAGUCCAGAUUACCCAGCAUGCACUGAGAGGGAGGUGGAGGAUGAGGAGGAUCUGCACAGUGUCAGAGAGGUAGCGCUGAAGAUCACACUGCACAUCCUGAAGAACAUGAACCACACAGAUCUCGCUAACACACUGCACAACAAGUCUGUGGGCUCUGUGUAUCAGACAAAGCUGAAAUCCAGCCUGAGAGAGAAGUUUAAAAGAAUUAAUGAAGGAAUCUCACAGCAUGGAAGCUCAGCACUUCUGAAUGAGAUCUAUACAGAGCUCUACAUCACAGAGGGUUGGAGUGGAGACGUCAAUAAUGAACAUGAGGUGAGACAGAUUGAGACAGCGUCCAGGAGACCAGCAGCACAGGAGACACCCAUCAAAUGUAAUGAUCUCUUUAAAGACAAGUCCAUCAGAAGUGUGCUGACGAAAGGGGUUGCUGGAAUUGGAAAAACAGUCUCGGUGCAGAAGUUCAUUCUGGACUGGGCUGACGGAAAAGCAAAUCAGGACGUCACCUUCAUGUUUCCACUUCCCUUUCGAGAGCUGAAUCUGAUGAAGCAGAAACAUCUCAGUCUGAUGGAUCUUCUUCAUCACUUUUUCCCUGAAAUGAGAAAACUAGAAUUAAUAGACUCCUACAAAGUGCUGUUGAUCUUUGAUGGUCUGGAUGAGUGUCGACUUCCUCUAAAUUUCCAGAAGAAUGAGAGACUGUGUGAUGUGACAGUGUCAGCCUCAGUGGAUGUGCUGCUGACGAACCUCAUCAAGGGGAAUCUGCUUUUCUCUGCUCUCCUCUGGAUAACCUCUCGACCAGGAGCAGCCAAUCAGAUCCCUCCUGAGUGUGCAGAAAAGGUAACAGAGGUACGAGGGUUCAGUGAUCCUCAGAAAGAGGAGUACUUCAGGAAGAGGAUCAGUGAUCAGAGCCUGGCUGAUAAAAUCAUCUUACACAUGAAGUCUUCAAGAAGCCUCUACAUUAUGUGCCACAUCCCAGUCUUCUGCUGGAUCUCAGCCACUGUUCUAGAGAGAAUGUUGGGUGAAGCAGAGAGUGGAGAGAUCCCCAAGACUCUGACUCAAAUGUUCACACACUUCCUGAUCUUUCAGAUCAAACACAAGGACCAAAAAUACCAUCAGAAAUGUGACCCUGAUCCUCAGCAGACCAGAGAGAGUAUCCUGGCACUGGGAAAACUGGCUUUCCAACAGCUGGAGAAAGGAAACCUGAUCUUCUAUGAGGAAGACCUGAGAGAGUGUGGCAUUGAUGUGAGAGAAGUGUCAGUGUACUCAGGAGUGUGUACCCAAAUCUUCAGAGAGCAGUUUGGGCUUCACCUGGGGAAGGUGUUCAGCUUUGUACAUCUGAGUGUUCAGGAGUUUCUGGCUGCUUUAUACACAUUUCUCUCCUUCAUCAGCAGAAAUGUAACAGAACAACCAACCAUUAAUCUGUCUGAUCUUCUCAACAAGUCAAACAUGUCUGAUAUCCUCAAGAGUGCAGUGGACAAGGCCUUACAGAGUGAGAACGGACACCUGGACCUGUUCCUCCGUUUCCUUCUGGGUCUCUCACUGGAGUCCAAUCAGACUCUCUUACGAGGGUUAAUGCCACAGACAGGAAGCAGCUCUCACAGCAAACAGGAAACAGUCGAGUACAUCAAGGAGAAGAUCAGGGAGAAUCCAUCUCCAGAGAAAUCCAUCAAUCUGUUCCACUGUCUGAAUGAACUGAAUGAUCAUUCUCUAGUGCAGGAAGUACAGACUUACCUGAACAGAGGAGGUUACAGUCGUCUCAGGGGAACCAUACUCUCUCCUGCUCAGUGGUCAGCUCUGGUGUUUGUGUUACUGAACUCAGAUCAGGAGCUGGAUGAGUUUGAUUUGAGUAAAUAUGACCGAUCAGAGGAAUGUCUUCUGAAGCUGCUGCCAGUGGUCAAAGCCUCCAGAAGAGCUGAUCUGUGUUGGUGUGAUCUGACAGAGGAAAGCUGUAGAGUUCUGUCCUCAGUUCUCUGAUCAAACUCCUCCAGAGUGAGAGAACUGGACCUGAGUAACAAUAACCUGCAGGAUUCAGGAGUGAAGCUGCUCUCUGCUGGACUGGAGAAUCCACACUGUACACUGGAGAUACUGAGGUACACACACUCACUCACACACACACACACACACACACACACACACACACACACACACACACACACACUGUACACUGGAGAUACACACAUACACACACACACUGUACACUGGAGAUACACACACACACACACACACACACACACAUACACACACACUGUACACUGGAGAUACACACACACACACACACACACUGUACACUGGAGAUACACACACACACACACACACACACUGUACACUGGAGAUAUACACACACACACACACACACACACACACACACACACACACACACACACACACACACACUGUCACUGGAGAUACUGAGGUACAUGCACACAUACACACACACACACACACACACACACACACACACACACACAUACUCUCUCACACACACACACAUACUCUCUCACACACACACCCACACAAACACACCUACUCUGUCUCACACACAAACACUCCCUUGUACUUCCCUUAAAAAUGGUUUCAAUUAUUAUAAAGCAUUUAUUCAAACAAAAACCCUUCUGUUUUCAUUUCAAUAAUAAUAAUAAUAAUAAUAAUAAUAAUAAUAAUAAUAAUAAUAAUAAUGUUGUGGAUAAAAAUGACAUGAAAUAAACAUGAGGGAGACUUAGUAUGAGUAAUAUGUAAUUUUAUUGAUAAUUCACAGGACUGGUGGGUGCAUAAUCUUGAGGAGAGCGGUGGGGGGGGUGCGUCCUGGGGACAUGGGAUAGUCGGCGAAGGUGAAGUGAGAGGACCACUGAGAAUGGGGCGGACUGACAGGUGAGAAGAGGGAAGAAUGGUCGGGGCCCAGGUCAGAGAAGGUGACAUCUUCCUCAGACUGAAAGCUGGCGGGGGGUUCUGGCUGGGUAGAGGCGUCAAUACACAUGUUCACGGAGCAGAUUCUGUAUCGGAGAGGGGGGGGGACCCCGCAUUUCCAUUUCCAGAGGGGGUGCUGCAAAGAAAGUUAAGUAGCACAAUGAGUGUCCAGAUCGAGAUCCAGAACCAGAUCCAGUAAAGGGGAGAAGAAGGAAUGACAAUGGGCACGUAGACACACAGAAGCGGUAUUAGGCAGAUAUUGACGAAUUGGAUUCACACUUUAGAGAUCUUUAAGAGUACUACACUAUGGUUUAUUAGUCGAAGAGUCAAAAAGAAGUAUAAGAGCUGAGGAGUGCUAACACACACACACACACACCCCAUUAUAACUUUAUAAGAAUAAUAAAAAGGAGUAUUAAGAUAUUAUAAGGGUAAUAUGAAUGAAUGAAUGCCUUUUAUUGUCACUAUACAAAUGUACAAUGAAAUUAAGAGCCACUCCUUUUUGUUCCGUGCACACAUGUACAUUCAAUAAACAAGAAGAAUAAAUAGAUAAAUAAACAAGAUAAACAAGAUAUUGGGGUGGAUGGGGGAGGUACUAUGAAAUUCACAGUUUUGAGACACUAUAUACAUAUGCUGUGAACUCAGUACAUGUAUGUGUUUAUAAUGGUAAUAGCUUUCGGGAAGAAACUAUUCUUAAAUCUACUAGUGCUUGUUUUGAUGCACUUGUAACAUCUCCCUGAGGGCAACAGAUUGAACAGAUCAAAGCCAGGGUGAGAACUGUCCUUAAUGAUGGGUUUUUCCUCUGCUGAGGCAACGGUAGGUGUAAAUAUCCAUCAGGGAGGGGAGAGGGCAGCCAAUGAUCUUCUGUGCCGCUCUUACUACUCUCUGAAGCCUCUUCCUGUCUGCUGCGGUGCAGCUACUCUACCACACCGUGAUACAGUAUGUCAGCAGGCUCUCGACGGACGAGCGGUAGAAGAUCAGCAGCAGAUUGGAGUCCAGAUUGUACUUCCUGAGAACCCUCAGGAAGUGUAGCCACGUUUGAGCCUUCUUGAUAACCGCUGUGAUGUUGUCCGUCCAGGAGAUGUCUGCAGAGAUUAGGACACCAAGAAACCGGAAGGUGUGGACCCUCUCCACACACUCACCAUUAAUGAAAAGGGCGGCCAGCUCAGUGUUGUGUUUUCUGAAGUCUACAAUGAGUUCCUUGGUUUUCUUGGUGUUUAGAGUCAGAUUGUUCUUUGAACACCAGGCUGCCAAGUUUAGGACCUCCUCUCUGUAGGCUGCCUCAUCUCCUUUUGAGAUGAGUCCGACCACUGUGGUGUCGUCAGCAAACUUGAUAAGAUUAUUGUUGUGGACUGGUCUACAGUCGUAUGUGUAGAGACAGUACAGGAGGGGGGCUCACCACACAGCCCUGUGGAGAACCUGUGCUCAACGUGCGAGUGGAGGAGAGGUGGGGUCCGGGUCUCACUGUCUGGGACCGGUUGGUGAGAAAGUCCUUUAUCCAGGCACACGUGAGGUGGGGGAGGCCAAGGGUGACCAAUUUGGUGAUGAGAAUGUCAGGAAUUAUUGUAUUAAAAGCCGAACAGUAAUCCACAAAAAGCAUCCGGACGUAGCUCUGUUGCUGCUCUAGAUGUCUCAACACGUAGUGGACAGCUAUGGCGAUAGCAUCCUCUGUGGAUCUGUUCGCACGAUAAGCGAAUUGAAAAGGAUCGAAAUCUGGGGGGAGGUAGUCCUUCAUGUGCUGAAGAACCAAUCUCUCAAAGCCCUUCUUGAUAACUGGAGUGAGGGCCACAGGACGAUAAUCAUUCAGGCUAGUGGUGGGCGACUUCUUUGGCACUGGGAUGAUUAUGGCUGAUUUUAGGCAGGCCGGGAUGACUGCUUGGGCCAGGGAGAGAUUGAAAAUUCUGGUAAAGAUGUGGGCAAGCUGGUGGGCACAUGAUCUGAGCACCUUACCAGGUACACCGUCUGGGCCAGCAGCCUUCCUGGGGUUCACUGCCAGAAACAUCCGUCUAACAUCGUGUUCCCUCACAGUAAGUAGAGUGGUGCAGGAACCAGAAAGGAAUGGAGGCAGGGCUGGACUGGUACGGGGGCCAGAUGAGGGUGGAGGUGGGGCUGGAGCAGAUGAGUGCUGUUGUUGUGAUGUUUCAAAGCGAGCAAAGAAGCAAUUUAGCUCUUCUGCCAGCAUCACACUCAGGUCUCCUGUUGUCGCCUCACGUUCUCUGUAGUUCGUGAUGUUCUGUAUGCCUUGCCACACCUCCCGUUUAUUUUUUCUGGACAGGUGGGACUCUAUGCCCCUCUUAUAGGCCGCCUUAGUUUCCUUAAUACCACCUUUCAGGUUGGCACGGGCAGCUCUGUACAGAGCUCUAUUACCAGCUCUAUUAUUAUUAAUAUUGUAUAAUAAUAGAAAAUUCUUUAUAAAAAAACAGAAUAGUAGGAUAUGUAGGACAAUAGAAGGGUAAUAUAAUGAUAUUAUGAAGUAGGAAGUACAUUAAACCAUUUUUCAAGCAGUAUAACUAUAUAUAAAAUAGAGAUAUAGAGCAUAUAUGAAAAUAAAUUAUAGACUAGAAAUACAGGAAAAAGUAACUUACUCAUACUUCAGAUGGUGAAGAUUCUUUCUCACAAGGAAGGCCUUAAUUUUAAGAGAAAACCAUGAGGAGGCAUUUAUAAGGGUAGCUGAGUCAAGCUGCCCCCCCCCCCCCCCCCCCCCCA